AUGGACGAUAAUACUCUCCAGAUUCAGAUCCCUGUAGCUUCCUCAUCAAAUGGACGUGUAUCAGGCAAGUCAUGGAAGGGCCAAAAGCGGUCACAUCUGCCCAACGGUGUAAAGACCAAGAGCUGGCAGGACAGAAUGGAACAGGCAAAGAAAGCUCAGGCCAUCAAAAGACUGCAACAAGAACUCAAAGACGAGAAACAGGCCGAAAUAGCACGUCGGAGAGAAAUUACGUUGCAGCGUAAAAAAGCGGCCGAAGAACGACAGCGUCUUGAAGAAGACAAGGCCAAGAUGGGUGCUCGUAAGGCAGCUAGGCUACGGAGAAAAGCAGGUCGUACCAAGAAGAUCAACGGGUAG